AUGAGCUCCAUCACUGACCGUGCUGCCAACUUCAUCUCGCGGGUGAACCCGCUCAAGGACCCCGGCUUCGCCCAGGAUGCGUCGCGCGCGCUCCACUACAACUAUGGCCCCAUCUCGAUCCUGGCCGCUUUCGCUGGCUCGCACCUUCUGCUGCAGCACCGUCUGCCCAUGGUCUUCUACGGGCUCGACAACAUGGCCUACCCGCGUGACGACCUGCGUGUGCACGGCGACAAGGCGGUCGCUUCGGGCAAGAUCACACCCAAGACGCUCCGUCGCCUUAAGCGCUGGGAGGCGGCGCACUACAACGCCGUCGAAAACCUGCCGAUCUUCAUCGGCACCAUCGUGUCGCUCCAGCUCGCGCGUGCCCCGAACAGCCUCAUCAACCGCGUCGCUGGCGUCUAUCUCACCGCUCGUGCCGCGUUCGCCGUGCUGUACAUUACGGUCGAGUCCGAGUCGCUCGCGUGGUUCCGCACCUUGGCCUGGUGGAGCGGAAACACGACCUGCAUCUACGGCCUCAUUCAGGCCGCCAAGCUGCUCAACAAAGGCGUCGGUACCGGCACUCCCGCGCUCUGA